AUGGAGGGCAAAAAAGGACGGCGAAGUCGCGAAGGCGCACGGGAUAUUCGGGGAAAGGAGGACGAUGAGAAUUCACGGGAACGAGGAGGGAAAGGGGAAAAUCGGCAUCCGGACUCAAAUAAGCGGGAUAGGGAAAGGGAGAGAGGUAGGAGCAAGGAGAUUAGGGACCGUGAAAGGAAGGGGAAAGGGCCAGACGGUGAGGAUGCAGAUGCAAAGGAAGAGGAGGAGAGGAAGAAGACGAGACAGGAGAGUGAUGAAUGGGGGGGAUCGGAGAGUGAUGGGAGCGGGGGUAAGGAGAAAGAGGAUCAGGAGAAAGGGAAGGGGAAGGGGAAGGAGAAGGAGAAAGAGAAGGAGAAGAGCAGUGGGCGUCACAGGAAGGGGAAGGAGAAGGAUAAGGGGAAGGGGAAGCGGCGAAGGAAGGAUUCUAGUAGUGAAAUGGACAUGUGGAGCAAACGACCCGAGUUCAGCGCCUGGUUGGCUGAAGUGAAAAAGGCGAAUCUGGAGCAAUUGAGCGGGUUUGAGGAGAAGAACCUAUUCAAGGAGUUCAUGGAAGACCACAACACCGCCACGUUCCCAUCCAAGAAGUAUUACAACCUGGCAGCAUGGGAGCAUCAGCAGAUGACGAAGAGGAAGGGACAGCCCGACAAGCCUUCUGGAAAGGAGAUGACAGAGUUUAAUGAUGAAGAUAUGAGGAGGGAGGAGAUUCGCCGCGCGAGGGAGAAGCAGAAGGAGGAGGAGGUGCUGGCGCUCAAGCGAAGCAUGGAGUCGGGCAUGGCGCAAGCAAUGAGAGACCAGGAGCGACUCAAGGAAGAGUUGCGCUUCCUCUAUCAAAUUGGAAACUACGAGGGAGCUGCUGCCAUUCAGAAGAGGCUUGAGCCUGAUGAUCCUACUAAGCGGUAG